AUGCGUAAAUCUAUGCGUCUAUACGACUGUGUAGAAGAAAUCAAGGAAGCUUCAAAGUCCUUGGAGAAAGUAUUAGUCCAGAACAUCCUCUUUGGCCUGAGUCCUUCGCUGACUGACGCCAUAAAGAGCAUUCCUAGAUGGCGCUUCAUCCAGGCUGCGGUGCCACAUGUCAUGCACUGCGCGGCGGGCGUCGCUGCUUUACAACAGGUCAACAAGUUCUUAUGCUUACGUGAAUCGACCAUCACGAACCUCGGCGCGGCUGAGACCAAACUCCUGUACACACUACACUGGAUUGUCCUUGAUGCAGCCGAGGAGUGUGCCGACGCUGACCACGAAAAGGGACUCAAUAAGGGUUCCACUCUCACUUAUAACUUCUCUGUGACAACUAUACAGGUCUUCAUUUACCUGUUUGCGCCACUGCUGCACACCCUGAAGGAGUCAGACUUUCAGAAUUUUCGACUGGAAAAUGGCCUGAAGAUAUGGUCUCCCCUGUGGGAAUACAGGCACCCUGAUGUCCCAGCUUUUACAACAGCUGUUAGGCCUAGAAGGCAAGUUCUUAGAGCCAAGAAAGUUCGGAGGUCCAACACCCAGUUCGGUGAUGUGUUCCUCGGUGGUGGUGGAGCCGUGGCGCCAGACGAUGACAACAUGCUCUUCCUCAUUAAUGGCGGAAAGAGUCGCUCAAUAACUCCGCCUCCUAGUGAUCCCACUUCUUCAUCUACGCAGGACUCAAGAAUUGCUGAUGCAGCCAAGUUGGAGGAGGAGCUUCGGCUCCUGAGUGGGACUCGAGAGGCAACCUUUCCUGAAACCAUCCCUGAGGAGACCUCCAGCACUGAAGAAGAGCAUGUGUUGAAACUCACUUUCUUUGAGACCAAAGACAAAAAGAAAGAGGAACUUUGUAAAGAGGUGAUAUUCAGACUUGGAUCCUACCCAGACAAUGAUGGCAAGGAAUCGCAUGUUUACAAGGCUGAGCACCCAUCCUCAUUCCUCCGGCCUCCUACUGUGGAAGUAAGUGAUGCAACGACUCCAACUCAGCCACCCUCUGUUGCAGCUUCCACACCCACAGAAUCGCACACUCCACGUCUUCUAGAGGUCAAUGGUUCUGCCAAAACCAGCAUUUCAGCUGCAGGAGGCAAGCCCAACUCUCUGACUGACCCUACUCUGGCGACCUUCUUAGAUGUGGCUGUUCUCCGCUGCCUCUUUGUCCCACAGUGGAUGGAGGAGGGUGUCUUCUGGGCCUUAAACUUCAUCUUGAGGAGGCUGCAAGACAUCGGGGAAGAGACAGGCCACACUGUACCUCCAAGACGACGCAGCAACUCCCUCCCAAUCCCCAAGAUUCAUGUGUCGCUGCACUGUGACCAGGUGGAGGAGCGGAAGACCAAGGAGGGCACUGAGCAGAGUGAUCAGUCUUCUUCUGAUAAUUAUAUCAGUGACUCUCCAUUCUUAUCAGACCAGUACUGUCCACAACAAGAAGGUCUGAGCACAAGUGGAGGAAGCACAAGGAAAAAGAAGAAGCUGAAUGAGCUGAAAGCCUUUGUGGAGACAAAAUUAAGAUCGUGCUCAGAGAAAGCCCUUGAGAAAAUAGGUCAUGACGAUUCAAGGAGAUCUUCUAUCUCUGAUGAUCAGCAAGGUGGAGCAGGUGAUUUCGGUGGAAGUUCCUGGGGAGUAGAUGGGGAGCAGAAAUCACGUCCACACUCAGCUCUUGAGAAAUUUGUUGAGGAUCGCCACCAGCCGUGCCUCCCCUCACCAAGGUUCCCUCCAGUGGGUCUUGUGAAGGGCAAAAGCAUGCCUUCUCUGAGAUCAGACACCAAGACCACCUCAAGUGAGUUAAAUUACAGGAACUUCCAAAAUAAUGAGAAUGUUAUUUUUCCAGAUUAUGUGGUUAGCCUAACACAUUGUAAGGAUGAAUCUUGUCACAUAAUGUCCUUGUUCCCUAUGAGGACCUUUAGUAGUGUACUCAAACUUUAUCAUGUGUUACUGAUAUCGAUCUAUAUUCUCAUCAGUCCUAUUAAAGCUCCUGCGACUCGAGAGUAUUCUGUUUCUAGAGGUGAUCUAGAAGCACUUGUAUUAGCACCCAAUAACACCCUCUCACGCUGUGCACUCAUCUUCUGCUCUGUUACUGCUUCAUCUCUGAUCACUCAGAUGAUAGCACAGCGGCGCCUUAGUCAAGAUGGAGGUCUUGAUGAAUUGACUGAUGUAGUGGUUUGCUCUAUGAGCGGUAUGAGCUAUGAGUAUUCUGAGUCUUAUUAUCAACACAGGUAUGUUGGUGAGGGCAGGCCAGACAGACGAGGCUUUCCGCAAAUGAUUGGCACAACUCACCCUAUUAUCACAGUCACCCAGCAUACUCCAUCUCCAAGCGAACAUGGCUGGCGUGACCAGGGUUCACAGAGCGGGAGUGUUGAGGGCCAAAUCAUCUACCAACGACCUCCCUUGUCACGCUCCCAGACGGAUUCCAAUAUCCAGUACUCCCAUGAGGAAACUGUUGAAGCACCAGGCUCAACGCACUACAUUACACGGGAUGGGCAUAUUAAUCUACAAGUUUUACUAAAGGCAGCACAUUCAGUAUCUCAACGAGACGCCCAUGUGUGCUCGCUUCGUGUGUGUGAGAUCCUGUUGCAUCUUCUUGACUUUCUUUUGGACCUCGGGCUUUUGAAAACAACCAAGCGCUUUGAGAAGAUUGAUAAAGAUGAUGACCAGAGUGAGGAGGAAGUCAAAGUGCAGAAAGAAAAGGAGCAGAACCCGCAUUUUGUUUUUAUGGAUACCAUUAUUAGAAUCUACCGUCAUCUGGGAUGUCAACAUGGAUGCAAUGAAGGCCAUCGUGGACCACCAGCUGACUUUUUACGCCAUACAGGACAGGCUUUAUUAGGGCGUCUUUGUCGUCAUGACCAGAGUGCUUUCAGAAGGUUCCUCAGAGUGUAUGUGAAGACAAGACCAAUGCCAGAGAUCUUGGAAUUCUUUCAUGCAUUCCUUGGAUUUUGCGUUGAUCCUGGGUCACUACUCUCACCUAUGAGCCAAAAGAGAACAGGCUCAGGAAAAACAGUUGAUAAUCAACAAGGAGGUUACGCAACCAACUUCGGGUCAUCCCUUGGUGGAGCUGGCUCUAGGGGCAUUGAGGGGCAGCUUGUUGCUUCAGUAUUUAAGGCCCUUGUUUCUCGGUUUGUCAAGUCUAGCAAGGAACUGAAGAAUCCAGAGAAUAUGGCUGUUUACUGUGAUGUUCGGCAACUUGUUGGAUACAUCCAGGAGGGGCAUGGAGGGGUGUUCAGAAGGGUCGCUCUCUCAGGUCUUAUUGAUUCCGCUGAUCGCCCCCACAAGCAAGCUCAGAAGAUACAGACAACAAGGGUUGUUAGACGUGUUACUGUGGAGGACGAUACAUGUCGUGACUCCCCAUCAACAAUGGUAGAUGAAGGAAGUGAUGUUAUUAAAACUAAAAAGGGCCUCUUCAAAAAGAAGUCAGCAGCAACGAUUACCUCAGCCAUUAAGAAAGCGCCGUCAGUUGGCAGCGUUUAUGAUGAUCAGCAAGAGGAUUCACCGGGUGGCCAAAGUCCCGCAUCAACAUUGCGUCGCCGCCAUCACCCAAUGAUGAUGACCCGACAACCAGAGCAUGAUCAUCUGGCACCCAAUGCUCAUCCCAAAGGCAGACGUGUUUCCAAGUUAGUGAACUGGCUCCGAGGUCGCAGUAUGGAGGGAGAGAGUACUUUUGCUGGUGAUCCAUUUGAGCUGCCUCCUGCCCUGUCAAGGAGAUUAUCCCAUGGAAUGUCACACAGUAUUUCCCAUGGCCUGUCCCAUGGCCUUGCUCGGCCAAGGCUAGUCACCAAGCCAGGAGCAGGCCCAAUGAGUGUGAAGUUAAUGCAAGCAAGGAGGACAGUUGAAGACCACAUUGGCAGAAUUGGAUUUGGCAAGAGGAGCAGGAAAAGAGACUGCAGUUAUGAUGAGACUCCUGAUCCUAGCAGAAGAAACAGCCUUGAUCUUGAGGGGGGUGUGAGAGAAGCCAGCGUCGUAUUAGUAAGGGAGAGAAAGUUAGUUCCUGUAAAGUUUGUGCAGAAUGGAAUGAUGAGGUUCAGCUUCCUACUUGAGACGUGCCAGCCAGGAACUGUUCCAGACCCACAGUUGAUUGCUGCUGUUUUGGACUUGCCAAGUGCUCCAGUAGUAGCCCGUGCAGCAUUUCUGAUGGAAGUGUGCCACUUUGUGCAUCGCUGUAAUCGCGGGGCUUGGCCAGCAUGGAUGAAGAUGUCCCUUCCAAUGUAUAGACCAUCAGGACCUCUUGCCAGGACUCCUCCAUCAGGAGCACGACGGACACAUAUUUUACAGAGGGCAGCUGGGAGGAUGUUUUACCAAUGGGCUGAAGCAUUGGGAACACGUUUGGAAGAGAUACUAGAGGAGUCAGGUCCCACAGUAGAAGAAGUGGUGGCACCUGUCACAGAUGCAGAGACUCGCCGUGCUCUGAGGGCCAAUGACGAAGAAGAGGACUUUCUGGAUGAAGUCAGUGUCAAUUCUGGUGGUGCAGAAUGUCCAACAGCUCUGAAAAUGGUGGCCGUGCAGCUGCUACUGGAGAUCACAGCAUUCUUGAGGGAAACCUACACUGGCUUGCCCAAAUCUGCAAGUUACAGGAUGUCAGUGCGUGGAGAGAGACCUGGCUGGGGAGGACCAGGGAUUGGUCUUGGAGGUGGGAAGGACCCCAACAGGAGGUGGUCAAUGGCCCUCUCCUCCAUGGGCUAUUCACAUGCAUCUGCGCAGAGCCUCCAAAGCAUAGGGGACAGUCAUCCACCGGGAUUCACAGGAGAAAGGAAGAUAAGCUUUGCCCUCCAUGACCCAGACAAUGUUAGCCUUGGCAGCUCAAACACCACAGUCACGAGUGGCCAGUAUUACGAUGACGAGAGGCGACGGGCAGCGCAAGCAUGCAGGAGCCACUUCCAGAAGAAGAGUGGAAGCCACAACUCCUCUUUCAAGAGGCGAUCCUACAAACUGCACAGAAGGCCCAAGGACCCAGAUUCAGAGUCCAUGAAGCGUUCUGACAGUGUGAAAUCACGCAGGAAGGUGUCAGCAUUCAGUGAAAGGUCUGAUACUUCAGAACACCUUGAGCAAGAGGUAUCCGGUGAAGAAUCUCCAGGUGUUCUGAGCAAUGAAGACCUACCUGACAGUCCCACCGAUGGAGAUAUUGAUGAAGAAAGUCUCACGACCAAUAUGCCUUGGCUGAAGGUUGUUGUACGCUUGUCCACUCUGUACAAUAUGACUUGCACACACCAGACUUUCUGUCAUCCACACUGCUACAGGAGGAACAUGAGGGCUUGCAGGAGAUUGAUGCAUGCCUUGAGGAAAAUGUAUGGUGAAGAAUUUGAGGAGCAAGAAGAGGAUUUGUCUGGUGCUGGUGAUAUAGCAAGAGAAACAAAAAAGGAAAAGAAGCAGUCGAGGAAAGCAUCAGAGCAAGGAGGAAGUCAUGGGUCUCCAUUAAAGAGAAAAGAGAGUUUGUCUAGGCGUGACAAAGUUGAUCGCAGUGUUGAUAUUUCUGCAGUGCUAUCACGUUUAGGCCACCAUCAGGGUUCGGCAGUCCAUCUCUCGAAAGACACUAUUGACACUGAUGGUGAAGGGGGAAAAGAAGUUGCAAAAGACAGCAAUAAGGAAGAUGAAAAACAGAAGCCAAAGAAAGGAGAUUCACCAAUUGUUCGAUACAUGAAAACUCAGGUGAUGGGCCUAAGUCAUAGCUCCUUGUCAGUGGUAUGUAAGGCAGCAGCUGUAAUGACAGAAGACCUGCUUUUGGAUGUGGUUCCUCAGGCAUGGGAGCAACUGCUGGAGCACGACAAUGAGGUGACAGCAACGGCAGCUGUUGUUUUCAUUCUGGCUGGAGUAAGAGUUCCAGCUCAUGCCUCAGACAUCAUGACUCGAGAACUGACUCAUCCAGACCCUUGCACGAGGCUCAAUGCCAUUCUAAGGUUCCAGGUUCUGUGGCAGUCCAGAUACCAGGCUUGGCCACGCAUGGAGGAGGGAGGGCAGCUGACAUUCAAGGUCCCUCCACAUGGCAUAGAGUUCACAUUGCCGUCUCCCAAGAUUGGCGUAGAAUCUUUGCCUGUUGUUGAUCCUCCCUGGAUGCCACACUUCAAGACAAAUGUCGAUGAAGUUACAGUUAACCAGAUACAACAUAGGUCAUUUGUGACAGCUACAAGAACAAGACGCAAAUUGCAAGCUGAAAUGGUUCGUUCAGCUCUAGAAGCAGAGGAGAAGAAAAGGAGGCAAGAACGAGAAAAUUUCUUGCUUACAACUGUUCCUGUAACUAUUCAGGCUGCUUAUGAACCUGCUCUGCAUCAUGUUUCUGCAGAUGACCAUGAGGAAGGAGAAGAGGCAGAGUCAGAUGUUGGUCGAGGAGGAACACAUCAUGUGUCUGUAGCACAGCAGCUAUUUCCUUCCUGUCUCUGUUCAGCGGUGUUGACAAUCAUACAUCUACUAGAUGAUCCAGCAGUUACUGCUGAUGGUAUAGCUGUUUAUGAAGCUGCACAACAGGUCAUCUGGUCAUGCUUGGUGGAGGAUUCUGCACUGUUCCUUAGAUUUUUCCUGGAGAAACUGACAAGGGAACGACAAGAUGUAAUGAUAAGGCUUCUGCGGAGACUUGUACGAUUCAUUCCACGUCUGCCAUCACAGGCUGCUUUUGCUUUGUACAAUUACAUGGUUGGCUAUGUCAUGUUCUAUGUCAGAAGCCCACAGGAAGCUUCUCAGGACCACAUAGCAUCUGCUCUUUCUAUAUUGUGGACAGUUGUCCCCAGUAUACAAGGGAUAUUGUUCAAAGAUCUAAAGCAGAUCUUCAGAAAGGAGCAGUGUGAUUCCUCCCUUCUUGUGACGGCAAAUGUUCCAUCAGCAAAGAAAAUUAUUGUACAUGGGCCAGGAGGACUUGAUGGAGGGGGCAUUCCAUCACAGUUUCCCAUUCAGGAAGAUACACAGUUCUGCCAGAUUUUGCAGGAGAGUCUUGAUUUCUUUGGAAUACCAGAAGGAGACCACAAGUAUUAUUUUUUAGUCGACCACAAGACCAACCAGAUUCACAACCUGCAAUCCUAUGUUCGAGACUUCUAUUUCUUCAAACGGGCUCAGUAUCCGCAGCUCUUAAUGGUCCACAUGGAGCCAGAAGCUGCUUACAAUGCCCUACAGAGGCAAGCCUUCACACUGAAGUUGUUAGAAAUUGGCAAGGUCCUCAUGGCCUGGUCUAUAUUGAAGCGGUCAGACCAGGUUGCACAGAGAGUCUUUUUCCUCCAUGAAGAAUUAACAAAGCUGCCAUCCUUCCCAAGAAAAGCUCUGGAGGCAGACUUUAACCUCUACAAGGGAGGUGCCAUGGGAAAGGAAGUGCGAGGGCUUGACCAGCUUCACAAGUACAUGUGGGUGCAACUCGUGACCCGCAUGUUUGAAGGCAUGGCAGGGAAUCUGACGUACACCACAGACAUCCAUCUAUUCCUGAAUGUAAUCAAUGGGGCUCUUUUACUGCACUGUGAAGAUUCGUCAAUGUUAAGGCUAUGUAUGGCCUCAUAUGUGAAUGCAGCACAUCACUUCAAGAACCUUUUCUCUACAAGCGGAUACUUGCUCAUUAUGCCCACCAUUCUCCGAGUCUAUAGUAACUACCAGAGCAACAAAAUGGCAGUGACUGUCGUGGAGUUUAUAGUAAAACAACUAUACAUUCUGCAUCGCAAGCCUUUCAUACUUCAGAUGCUAGGGUCUGUUGCUCCUAUACUGGACAUGGAUGAGACAGCCAUAUAUGGUGAUGCUAACAAAAUCCAGCCACGACGCCUGUUUGACCUGUUGCUGUCCCUAGAACGUCAUCAUGAAGACCCACUGAAUAUCUUGGACCUCAUUACUGUUGAAAAGCCUCUCAGAGCUCUAGACUUCUGCUACCAUGAGGAAUCAGACUCGGUGACAUUACUUGAGAUCGUUGACAUGUGCGUAACAGUUGUUGCGUAUUCUGCUGACUCCAAGAGAGGGCACCAGAUGCUGACAAUUUUAGAGGCAAUCUUAGGGAUGGUCCUAAGGCAUCUUCAGGCCACGGCUGGACGUGAUUUGCGUCAGGAAAAGGAAACAAUCCAUCAUGUUGCAAUUGCAAUGAAAACCCUGGUGACCAACAGUGAGCCUUUAGCAAAGAACUACACUGGGCCCCAGAAAUCAGCAGGUGAAGGAAAAGGCUCAAGUCGAGUCACCUACUCAAAGGCAUCCAAGUGUUAUAACCCAGCCAUUGAGAUAGAUGAGGACUCACACUCAAAGUACAUGAGUGACUCCAAGAGAUACCAGACCUAUGAAAGGGACAUUGAGGACUCAGAGGCACUCAGAUACGACUUUCGACAACCACGUGACACCUUACUGCAUGUUGUGGCAGAGUUCCUGACAACUUGCUCAACUAGAUUGAGUGAGAUUAACAAAAAGGCUGGCCAAGAGAGCAAGCAUUCAGACUUAUUAGAUACCAAGUGCCAUUUGCGACUGGCAGAAGUAGCACAUAGUCUUCUAAAGGUGGCCCCAUAUGACCCAGCUACCAUGGGAUGUCGUGGACUCCAGAGGUACAUGAACGAGAUUCUCCCACACCCAGACUGGUCCCAUGAGGACCUUCGACCUGCCUUGGUUAACAUUCUCCGUAGACUUGACAAGAUGUUUAACAAGAUUGCAAAGAAGAAUUCUAUUAGGCGUUUGAUUGACUGGGGCGCUGCAGCAAGUCUCCUAAAGGGUGUUUAUACUACACUAUCAAAGUAUCCCUACAUUGCACAUCUACCAAACCUCAAGAUGGUUCUUCAAGUGUGUCAGUCACUCAUCCUUGGAGAACGCAUAGGGGACAUGGAGGGCCAUAGCGUUGCUGCUUGGACACAGACGCCACCUCCACACUUCUGCUCAAUGGUAGUUAAGAUUAUUGCGAUGCAGAUACUCGCUCUUGGGGUGACCUUUUCUCUGGAACAAAUAUGUGGUGGUUCCUCUCUCUUCCCAACGCCAGACAAGACAGAGAACAUGAUCAUGAACCUUCUCCUGCCACUUUGCUUGAGGGUUGGCUGUGGACGUAAAGAUGCACCUCGAAUGCGUCAGGCCGACAUUAGCUUUGCCCUGACAGUUAUCCUGCAUGCCAUGAAUCCUCCACUUGCCAAAAUAGCCCCUCUUCAUGGCACACAAGCCAAGACUACUCCAGGUGCUGACCCCAGAUCUCAGUCUUGGUCGCAUCAACAACUGGACCCACGCGCUUUGCCUAAAGUGAAACCAACCAUCCUUCGCAUAGCCUUUCUUGGACUAAAAGUAAUGAUGGUCUGCUUCGAAAAGCAGUUGUCCCAAGACUGGCAUAGGAUUUUGCACUGCCUGAAGGACAUGGAUAUUCGAGGGGAAGGAGGCAUUGCUCUCUGGGACUUCUUGGACUUUGUGGUUUCCUUGAGAACUCCACUUUUCAUCCAGAUGCGUCCUUUCAUUCUGACUAAGCUCCACCAGCAGUGUGCAGAUGAUGGCAGUGAGCAGUAUCAGAUGAUAAUUCGUGACCGUGUUCAUGGCUGGUCACUCCCUCCACCACGUUGUAGAGGCUCCAUCCUUCUUGACCUUGCACAUCAGGUCAAACAGCUCAAAGAGGAGGUCAUCAAUGCAAAGAUAUCAGGAGAGUUGGACAUGCGACCAUCAGCACUGGAAAUUCAAAGUGAAGUGUCUCACAUAUCCAGGCGACCACGCUUAUCCUACGCAGGGCCUCCUUCCGAGUGCCCAACCAGGCCCCUUACAUCACCUCCUCUCAGGUCAAAGGGCUCGGUGUCCAGUAGCAGCACCGGCGGUUCCUUUGCACUCCAUCGCGAUCUGUCCGUUCGUUCCGAGCCACGUAAUGAACCCCCUCCUUCCAACGAGUCCCAGCACCCUCACCUCUCGGCCUCCACAGCCCCCAGAAGGACAUCUUAUGCUGGGGAGACCCACAUUGCACGUAAAGGCUCCUUGCGGCCCUCCCCGCACGUCACUUCCUCUGAGCUCGUCUCUCUACCGCAAGACCUUUCUGCUACGCAAACGGGGCUCAAAGCCCAACCUCCAGACGGGCAGUGCCCCAGUGAUGCAAGGUGAGGACAGUAGUCUGUCAACUCCAACAAGCCCAGGGGAAGGUAGCGCCACUGUUCCCUCAGGCCAAGAAGCAGCCAGUGGUGUUUCAGGAAG